AUGAGGAUGCGUAACAGCUGCAUAACCCAACAGAACCAUUCCUCCAAUGACACCAUGCUGCACUCCUCAGAGCAACCCCACGCUGUUCUGAUAGUGCUGUACAUCAUCAACCUGGCUGGCGGCACCCUCGGGGUCAUCAUGAUGUCCCAGCAGCUGUUCCGCAGGAGAUCCCAAUCCGUGAUGACCAUCAUGAUCAUCAGCCUGCUGGUGCUGCACAGCUUCAUGCUCCUCAGCAUCCCCUUCCGCCUCAGCUACUACAUUCUGGGGGAGUGGAGGUUCGGGCGGUUCGCGUGCCGGCUGGCCAGUGCCAUCAUCUACCUGCACAUGUACGCCACCUUCGCCUUGUACGCGGCCAUCAUCAUGGCGCGCCUCCUGCGCCUGGAGCUGCGCAAGUGCUACACAGCGGCCUGGGUGGCGGCUGGCUGGCUGCUGGGAGCGCUGGUGAUCACGCCCAUCCUGCUCUCCUACUACGGCACCUCCACGACGCACCGGCCCCGCGAGUGCUUCCAGUUCCACAGGGAGCUGCGGGAGGCGCACAUGGUGAUCACCAACUACUGCCUGGUUGGGGUGCUGGUGGCAGUGUGCGCCUUACUCACCGCCAUCCAGCUGACUGUCAUCUACAGAGUGGCCGUGAAGUACUGGCCUGAUGUCAACUCUCACGUGGAAUUCAGGGCUCAGGCAAAGAGUUUCUUCUUCAUCUUGGUAACUUUAGUCUGCUUUAUGCCUCAUCAUGUAUUCAGAGUGUAUUACAUCCAAAACUACGACCUUGAUAAAGACCAUAAACUGCUCCUAUACAACGAGGUUUUUUUAGCUUUAACGACAAUGUGCUGCCUGGAUAUGUUAUGCUUCAUAGCAGGAAUAGCACACUGA